AUGGCGUUAAAGUUUGAACUUGAACAAUGGGGGGCUGCGGUUAAAGCUUACGAUGAACAAGAUUUCAACUUGGCAAUAGAAACAUUCGAGAGUAUAGCGGAUUCCGCCAAAUUUCAUUUUAACAUGGGUCUCAUUUAUGCCACUCUCGGUGAACAUGAAGAAGCAUGUCGAUCUUACAAAAAAUCAGUUAAAUUAGAUCUAUAUUUUGCAGUAUCGUAUUUUCAAAAAGGAGUAUCACAUUUUCUCUUAGGUGAAUUCGAAAAAGCAUUGGCAAAUUUUAAUGAUGCAUUAUUGUAUCUUCGAGGGAAUAUGCUUAUCGAUUAUGAACAGUUGGGUCUUAAAUUCCGGCUGUAUUCUUGUGAAGUGUUAUUUAAUCGUGGAUUAUGUUAUUUAUACCUUGGCAAAACAGAACAGGGAAUGGGUGAUUUCGCUUAUGCAUCAAAAGAGAAGCAAACCGAAGAACAUAAUGUUAUCGAUGAAGCAAUUCAAGUUCAAGGACAGGGUUUCACAGUUUUUUCUAUACCUGUAGGUGUAAUCUAUAGACCACCUGAAGGAAAACUUAAAAAUGUAAAAACAAAAGAUUAUUUGGGUAAAGCAAAAUUGGUUGCUGCGGUGGAUCCGGAGGAUGCAUAUACAGGUUUUACGGGUGCUCAACAACGAAAGAAAGCACAAAUGAAUACUACCACCCCAAUAACAAAUGCUAAGACUGAUGGUACAGUGGAUAUUAUUCGGCGACCAGAAUCCCCUACUGACAACGUUCGACCAAAAUCGUUAUCUACAAAUCCAAAAUUAUCACCAUUUCCUGUUCGUUCAGUAAGAAAUUCCAAAGGAAUUUCAAAGAAUCGUCCUAUACAAAAUGAUCCUAAUAUGUUUUCUAGAAAUGCUUCAAUGAGACGUUUACCAAAUCAUUUAAAUCUUAAUCGUGCCAAUACCAUAAACACCAUAGAAAAUGGUCGUCCCUUACGUGUUCCCAGAGAAGGACUUUCAAGAUCAAAUUCCCUUUCAACUAUUUCAACUAUUUCAUCUAGACUUACUCCUCAAUCACGUGGAAUAAGCGAGAGACCUUCAACUCCACAAAGAUCAAAUACCUUAAAUACGGUAGCACGAGCAGGUUUAAAAUCUCCAUUACAAGGUGGGCAAAGAACUCCCCCUACUCCUGAUAGUUCUGAAGUCUAUGGUAAAGAAAAUGAUACUCGUGUAAUUUUGGUACCAGUUGAUAUAGCAUUUUCAGAUUUUAUGAAACGAGUGCAAGGAAAAUUUUCUUCGAAUAAUCCAUUAAAACUUAAGUAUAAAGAUGAAGAUGGUACAAUGGUUAGUAUAACAGAUCAAGAAGAUUUAGAAAUAGCCAUUUCAAUGAUACCUAGAAGCGCAAGUGAAAUAGGCAAAAUGGAGAUCUGGAUGAUGGCAUAA